CUUCUAGUCUCUGGAACUAAAUAUGAGACUAUGCAUAUCUUCUUCAAGAAGCUUGUUACGGUAUAUGACAUCAUUGAGAAAUUGAAGAAGGAUCCGCUUGAAGAGAUCCAAAAGAUGGCUGAGAAGGUUGAGGAAAAGGUACAAAAGUAUUGGUUUGAAUCAUGUGUUGUGAACGAGAAGAACAUGAAGGUGAACCACUUAAUUUAUAUAGCAUGUGUGCUUGAUCCAAGAAGU